UUCAAAGAUGUCAUUCAUCUAUGUGCAUUUACAUUUUCACCGGAAUGUCCCAUUAAAGCUCUGAGAAAUGUUAAGCAGUUACACUCAGCUAAAGACUCCACUCUUCUUUAAAAGGCUUCUUGAAAAUGAGUUGGGUGUAUGAGGCAAGUGAACCUAGUGUGAUUGACAAUGACAUGCUCAAAAGUGCUGUGGAGGAACAGGGUCCGGAAGAAGAAGCAGGACGUAUUGCCAAGAUGGAGGGUAUUGACUUUAAGGAUGUUGUCAGCUUGCGCCUUGAUUUCAAAAAUAUUCUGAAGAUUGAUAACCUCUGGCAGUUUCACAGCCUGACAAAGUUACAGCUUGAUAAUAAUAUAAUUGAGAAGAUACAGGGACUCAGCAGCUUGGUGCAUUUAGUUUGGCUUGAUUUGUCAUUUAACAAUAUAGAGAAAAUAGAGGGACUGGAUGCUCUCACCAAAAUGCAGGAUCUCAGCUUGUACAACAACAGGAUAUCUUUAAUUGAAAACAUGGACAGUCUCAAAAACCUUCAGGUUUUAUCCCUGGGCAACAAUAAUCUCACAUCCUUGGAAAAUAUCCCGUACCUGCGUAGAUUCCGAUUUUUACGUUCAUUAAGUCUUAAGGGGAACCCUCUGUCUGAAGAUGAACAAUAUAAAAUGUACAUUGCUGCACACUUACCUGACCUGGUGUAUUUGGAUUUCAGACUACUGGAUGAAAAUAUUAGAGAUAUUGCAAAAAUUAAGUUCCAAUAUUCCAUAGAGGAGCUUGGACAUAAUGAGGCGCUUGAAAGGCACAAGCAGGAGAAUGAAGAUCAAAAACAGAGAGAGCUGGAUGCACACAAGGCUGCCUACGUGGAAUUCCUAAAUGGUCCAGCACUGUUUGAGAGCUUGUAUGCAGAAGAUCCAGAUGGUGUAAGGCUUUCAACUGUUCCUGGUCUGGCUGAUAUAAUGGAAGAAUAUAAAAGCAAGUGUGUAGCCAUCUGUCAGAGCAUAUUUGAAUACGGCCUCAGUCAUCAUGAGAAACGCCAGGCAGAGAUGUCCGUUUUUAAUGAAUGUCUACAGGAAGCAAAGAUGGAAAAUCAACAGACGGCAGCCAAAAAAAUCCAGGAGUUUGAAGAGAAACACUAUGAGCUCUUUUAUGGCAAUCCACAGAUUGCAGACUCCCAGGUCCUGGACUCUAUAUUGUUUAAGUGCAACGAGGACAUUCUUCAGCUGACCGAUUCACUGAUGCUGCUGGAGAUUCAGCUAGUGGACCAGCUAGAGGAGAUCAUAAAGGAUUAUGAGAGAAACAUCUCUGACCUGGUCUCUGUAUUCCUGGAAACAGUGCAGGGAUUAAUGGCUCAAAUCCGGGAUCUAGAAAACCACCAUAAUGAGACUCUGCUAGAUAUUUGCAUUAAAAUUCAUGAAAAGUUCAUGAGAGGUGAAGUGGACGAUGACAUGUCUGAUGACCUACGGAUGCUUUUCUUAGAUAAAGACACAGUUGUUAAUUCAGUUGGUGCCUCCCAUGAUAUUCAUCUGCUGAAAAUUGAUAACCGCGAGGAUGAACUUGUCACUAAGAUCAACAACUGGGCCAGCAACCUCAUACAGAAGGUACAAAGUGAUGAAGUAGUAAGGAACCGCAACAGAGUGACUGAAAUCAGCAAAUACAUUGACCACUUGCGGGAUGAACUGGAUAGUCUUGAGAUGAACGAACAUAUGUGACUGGAGCGUCACAAGGAAAUGCUUUAGUAAUAGAUUCUGAUCAGAUUAUGUGACUCCGUCCUGCAUUGUAAAUUGCCUUUCAUUUGCCUUAAUGAUAAUCUAUUUUCUGCAACAGAAGACCACAACUAAACCUUGGAAUAAAGAUAUAAAUGUAAAGACCAUCACAAAUUGGUUUCUUUAUUCACAACCUUAUGAGACUAAAGGAAAGACUGCAGCACAGAAUUCUUUAAUUUCUUCUUGUAAUGGCUGUAACAUUGUAUCAAUAAAUAAAUUGUUUUGUAUUCCUUUAAUUAA